UUUACAAUUCUAAUCGAACUAUCGAAGAGAAAAUAUAAAAGAAAAUACAAGUUAAAUUGUUAUCAAACCAAACACAGCCCUCUCUUAAAAUUACAAUCAUCAUCACCCGGGUCGAUCAUUCUCCAAGUUACCCACAGAUUCACGAAGUAUUAGAUAUCAGUGAAACCCAUCUAAUACAUAACUGUUUCCAGUAUUAUUAACUUGUAUAUAUGUAUAUACAUAUAUGUUUGUAGUUGCAGCCUUGCAGGUGUUAUUGUAAAUCAAUUAUGGAGUUGGAUUAUGCUAUUGAGCUUCAAGACGAAGAUAGUUUCGGAUUUGGUGACAGUAAUGUUGAUAAUUCAGCCCUUGAAGGUGAAAAAUGUGGAAUAUGCAUGGAUAUUGUCAUUGAUAGGGGAGUUCUGGAUUGCUGUCAACACUGGUACUGUUUUUCAUGCAUUGAUAACUGGGCUACCAUUACAAAUUUAUGUCCACUGUGCCAGAAUGAGUUUCAACUGAUUACUUGUGUGCCUGUAUAUGAUACCAUUGGAAAUAACAGCACUGAUGAGGACUUGCAAUCCAGAGAUGAUGACUGGUGCAUUGAAGGAAAAAAUAACACUUUAUCUUUUCCAUCAUACUAUAUUGAUGAAAAUGCAGUUGUCUGUUUGGAUGGAGAUGGCUGCAAAGUCAGAAGUAUGUCAGCAUCAGUUGAAGAAGGCUUGGAUUUCGAUACAUCAAUUGCUUGUGAUUCAUGUGAUUUAUGGUAUCAUGCUUUCUGUGUUGGAUUUGAUACUGAAGGCACAUGUGAGAACUCAUGGUUAUGCCCAAGGUGUACGGUGCAACAUAGGUCAGAUGAACUUUUAUUGGGUCGGCCAAGCAACCAAUGUGCUUCAGAAAAUUCUAGCGAUCAAUGUCCUGUUGACCCUGGUUUGUCAGGAAAAUUAGUAGUAUCUGUUGCUGAUGCUGGAGAAACAGCUUUGGUUGUGUCGAUGCUUGAAGGGAAGCAAGAAACUAAGAGAAAGUUUCAAACCAUGUCCAGUGUAGAAAUGUGCGAGAUGAAAGAACCAUGGCAACUGUCAGAUUCUGUGGCUGAGGCUGGAAGGAAGUCUGGUACAGUAGCAGUUGAAAAAACUGAAGAACAAGAAAUGACAAAAGUCUUCCCAAGUUCUAAUAUACCCGAGGAUGUGAAAAUGCAUGCAUCUCUUCCUAGUUCUUUCUUUAACAAGCAGUUGUCGGAAACAACCAUGUCUUUGAAAAUGUGCGAGAUAAAAGCACCAACUCAAGUGUCAGAUUCUGUUGCUGAUGCUGGAAGGAAAUCUGCUACAGUAGCAGUUGAAGAAACUGAAGAACAAGAAAGGACUAAGGUCUUUGCAAGUUCAAAUAUACCGGAGGAUGUGAAAAUGCAUUCAUCUCUUUCUAGUUCUUUGGUUAACGAGCAGAAGUUGGAAACACCAUUAGAGAACAGGCAUAGUGUUGGACCAAAUUCAGUGGCGGAGGUACAUAAAUUGGCUGUAUUACAAGAGUCAUCAGGCAUGUUACCUUCAAUUUCUGGAUCUGCUUUUGGUGAUGAAGGAAUGAGUGCACUACCUAAUGGAUCUGUAACUUCUAUAAGCAAGUUACUAGAUCAACAUUGCAGUAAAGCAACUCCUAGAUCUGCUGACAACCAAGUGGGUAUAGGUGACACUGUUAAAGAAUGCCCACUUCAAGCGGAUGAGACCAUGAAGAAGGAUGCUAAUGGAAGUCUUGGUACAAAGAGAAAGAAUAGAGAUUGGAGAGGUACCGAAGAAGUUAAAGCUAAAACGGCAAAAAAGAAAGUCAAUGCUGAGGGGAGCAUGCAACAGAUUCAUGCAAACGAUCAUGCUGAUGAGUGUGUUAAAAAAAACACUCCAAAGGCAUCUGGUGUUACUGUUUCGCAAAAUAAAAAAAUAAUAGCAAAUUCUACCAUGCAGACAGCAACUACUAGCAUAAUGGACAUAGUUCGCGAGACGGAUCGACUUGCAGAGACUUCCUCUAGGAGCCGAGAAAAUGCAGCUGGCUUGAGGGUAAAAAAAAUAUUGAGGCGACCUACUGAGGACAAGGAGUCUUCUAUCUUAGUUCAAAAGCUAAGAAAAGAAAUCAGAGAUGCUGUCCGAAACAAAACAUCCAAAGAGCUUGGAGACAACCAUUUUGAUCCAAAACUUUUAACGGCUUUUCGGGCUGCUGUGGUUGGACAGGUGCCUGAAUCAAAAAAUUCUUUGCCUGUGGAUAUGAAGGCCAAAAAGUCACUACUUCAAAAGGGAAAAAUACGUGAAAAUUUAACCAAAAAAAUAUAUGGUAUGGGGGGGAGGAGGCGUAGGGCUUGGACCCGAGAUUGUGACAUUGAAUUUUGGAAGUAUCGGUGCUCAAAAAUUUCGAAGCCUGAAAAAAUUGAGACGUUGAAAUCUGUCCUCAACCUGUUAAGGAAGAGUCCAGAGAGAACAGAAAUCAAACAUAAAAAUGAAAGUGCUGGUUCAAGUUCUAUCCUAUCACGAUUAUAUUUAGCUGAUUCAUCUCUAUUUCCUCGGAAGGAGGACAUCAAACCUGUGUCAACACUGAAAGCUGCUGCUAUUGCUGCACAGAAUAAAAAUGUUAGAUCUACAGAAAAUCCUCUGACUUCGGGUUACGGAAACAACUGUUUGGAAACUCUGGUUACAGAAGUUAGUGCCUCACAGAUGAAAGUUCCUCCGCCUAAUAUUGCAGCUACUACAUCUAUUGUUCCAACUUUGAAAGGUGAAGUUCCUUCCCAUAAAUCAAAGUCAAAUAGAUGUACAGUUGGGUCAUCGAUUCCUACAAUAGCUGCUUCCCAAUCCCAGAAGGAUCCAAAUGGAAAACAUGAUAUGCAUACUGACAAAAGAAAAUGGGCCCAGCAGUUUCUUGCACGGAAAGCUGCAGUAGCAGGAAAUAAUGCAUUACAAGAACAAGAUGACACUGCUGUGCUCAAAGGACAGCACCCUUUAUUAGCUCAGUUACCAAGAGAUAUGCGGCCAGUAUUGGCAGUCAGUCGUCAUAAUAAAAUUCCCCUAUCAAUUAGGCAGGCUCAACUUUACCGCCUAACCGAACACUUUCUAAGAAAAACAAAUAUGCCAGUCAAUCGCAGAACUGCCCAAAUCGAGUUGGCUGUGGCAGAUGCAGUUAAUAUCGAAAAAGAGGUUGCUAACAGGUCAAACAGCAAGCUAGUAUAUGUAAAUCUAUGUUCCCAGGAGUUGUUACAUAGAUCUGAGAGUACUUUGUCUAGUAAAGCAAUGGAGUCUAUCUCUAAUCCAGUUCCAGAAAUUUCUGCUGAUAGAUUGGUGAAAUCUACCAUUGAUUGUUCAACCAGCUUGGCUGUUGACGAGGCAUUAAGAAAUGCAGGGCUUCUAUCCGAUUCCCCACCAAGUAGUCCACAUCGUCAAUUAGAGGAAAUAGAGAAAGCUGAUGAUUCAAAAAGGUUUGUACACGAGGGACCUGAUAGUGUAUUUGAAAUUGAUUCUGAACCUGAACUGGAUAUAUAUGGUGAUUUUGAGUAUGAUUUGCAAGAUGAAGACUUCAUUGGUGCUAGUACAUUAAAAGGAUCUGAGUCGCAAGCAGAAGAACCGAAAUUGAAAGUGGUUUUCUCCACUAUUGACUCUGACCGACCAAAUGAUACUGUGAAAUUGGAUAAUAUAGAAAAGCCAGUAAUUGCUGGGGAACCUGAUAAUUCUUCCAAUUGUAUUGACAGCCGAGCUGAUACAACAAGCACUGGGAGUUUAAUUAUUAGUGGUAAGGCGGACAGGUCUGAUCCUCAGAGUUCUUUACUUGAUGAAGGUGAAGAGCUUUCUCUUGCAGAAUGUGAAGAGUUAUAUGGCCCGGACAGAGAACCUUUAAUCACAAAGUUUCCUGAAAGUGUCUGUAUGAAGCCUUAUGAUUUAACAGCCACAAACUUGGUCCCUGAUAAUAAUAAAGACAAUCUAUCGAGUCAAACUCUUGAAGCAUCUGACGAGAAAAAGGCUUUGGCGAGAAACCAGGCACUGACCGCUGUUGUUGGCGAUGUAGAAUAUGAGUCCAAGCAAUCCCGAGAAUGCGUAAUUAUAAAGGAGAAAACAGAUAGCAGAAAGCAGCAAGAUGGCUGCAAUUCUGUUCAUAAGAAGGUAGAAGCUUAUAUAAAAGAGCACAUCAGACCUCUCUGCAAAAGUGGUGUAAUCAAUGUUGAACAGUACCGAUGGGCUGUCGGGAAGACAACUGAAAAAAUUAUGAAGUAUCACCACAAAGACAAAAAUGCAAAUUUUCUUAUCAAGGAAGGUGAGAAAGUGAAGAAACUUGCAGAGCAGUACGUCGAAGCUGCCCAAACCCAGAGAGGAUAAUGAAAUAAUCAAGCAGUCACGGUUUGGAAAUAGUCUGGCUUUCAAUUUCUAUUCUUCAAGUUGAUGACUUCAACAAACUUCGAAGGUGUAUAAUUUAAGUCCUAUGUAUUCUGUAAUUAUAUUUACAGCAGAAAAAUAUAUACCUGGCCUUGUAAAUUUAGGACGGAAGUUAUAACUCUUGAAAUUAAGUUUGAAAGUAACCGGAGUAACACUUUAAGAAAUCACUGGUUUUGAUUA